UAGACUCCGUGAGAUGCUCCUAGUUUUUAUAGGAUUCCAGCCUCACUCGUCUGCAAGAAUGGGAGCAAAACCAGCACUUUUCCUACUCUCCUUACUUCUUGGUCAAGUUCUCCAGCUCACAUUGUGUUACGAUGUGUUUAUUGACAACCAGGAAGCCUCCAAGAUCAUCCGGGCUAAAAGAGCUAACAAAAUGUUUGAGGAACUAAAGCCAGGGAAUCUGGAGAGAGAAUGUGUGGAGGAGAUCUGUGACCAUGAAGAAGCUCGAGAGGUGUUCGAGAGAGUUGAUAAAACGGAAGCAUUUUGGGAAAAAUAUUUAGAUUGUAAAGGAACAACAUUACCCAGAACAAAAGAAAAUAUCGACAGUGUGAGAACAUGUGUGCAUGUGAAGGGAGACUGCUACAGACAUACUGGUGAAAACUAUGAAGGUAUUGUGUCUGUCACCAAAUCUGGAAGGGUGUGUCAGUACUGGAAAAGCAACUUCCCUCACAGAAUUCAUGAAUUUAAUGUCACACUUCUAAAGCUACCAGAGAACCACUGCAGAAACCCAGAUAAGAGCAGUGGUGGGCCCUGGUGUUUUACAAGAGACCCCAUGGUCAGGAGAGAAUUCUGCAAUGUGCCGAAAUGCGGUGAGACUGUUGCACCUCCUCCUAGACCUCCUACAGUAAAUCCUCAAGGGCGUUAUGUUAAGACUAACUGUCAGGAUGGAAAUGGGGAGGCCUACACAGGAGAUCUAUCUGUGACUUUGGGGGGUCGCACCUGUCUGCAGUGGAACGCAGCAGAAGCACAAGCCUUGAUUAAGGGAAAAGAUUUUCUGCCUCAAGUUCAGCUGGUCAAGAAUCACUGUAGAAAUCCUGAUGGAGAUAUGGAAGGACCUUGGUGCUAUGUCAAGGAACCUAGUGGAAACAUAACCAUUGACUAUUGUGACUUUGAGUUGUGUGAUGCCCCUCUGGACCAAUUUGUGGAGGAUGCAGGUGGUCGAGAGAGAACAACUCUUGAAGACAAAAGGAAGACUUUCUUUAGCCCCCGCAGCUUUGGCAAUGGAGAGCAAGAGUGUGGAGUGCGCCCCUUAUUUGAGAAGGUCAGUAAAGAAGAUAAAAAUGAAAAGGAGUUACUGAUGUCAUACAGUGGAAGCAGAAUAGUUGGUGGAGAGGAGGCUGAAAUGGGCAGUGCUCCAUGGCAGGUGAUGUUGUAUAAGCGCAGUCCUCAAGAGUUGCUCUGUGGAGCCAGUCUGAUCAGUGAUUAUUGGAUUCUGACUGCAGCUCACUGCCUUCUCUACCCACCAUGGAACAAGAACUUCACAGCCAAUGAUAUCCUUGUUCGUCUUGGAAAACACUCUCGUACUAAGUAUGAGAGGGGCACUGAGAAGAUAGCAGCCAUUGAUGAAAUAAUAGUCCAUCCUAAAUAUAACUGGAAGGAGAACCUGAACAGAGACAUUGCCCUACUGCACAUGAAGAAGCCUAUUACCUUUACUAAUGAGAUACAUCCUGUUUGUCUUCCCUCCAAAUCCAUCGCAAAAAAUUUGAUGUUUGCUGGCUACAAGGGCCGUGUAACCGGCUGGGGGAACCUCAGGGAAUCGUGGACCUCUAACCCUGCAAAUCUUCCCACAGUGCUGCAACAGAUUCACUUGCCCAUUGUGGAUCAAAACCUGUGCCGCAAUUCUACCUCUGUCAUCGUCACUGACAAUAUGUUCUGUGCUGGUUUCCAGCCACACGAAUCAACUAGAGGUGAUGCAUGUGAGGGAGACAGUGGUGGGCCGUUUGUGAUGAAGAGUCCUACAGAUAAACGCUGGUAUCAGAUUGGCAUUGUGUCAUGGGGUGAGGGCUGCGACCGUGAUGGCAAAUAUGGAUUCUACACACACCUGUUCCGUAUGCGUCGCUGGAUGAGAAAAGUCAUUGACAAAACAGACUCGGCAGAUACAGAAUGAUCUUCCAGCAUUUGAAAAAAGACCUUUGCCACACAAGAACCAAAUACUUUGGUUAAAUUUAAUGUAACCUCCAA